AUGGAUACUCAUCCUUGGCAAAGGCCAAGAUCAAAAUCGAUCAACUUGGAAAAGAAAUUUGCCGAAAGAACAACUUGCCAUGGGCUUGGACAUAUUGUCGAUCAAGACGUUCCCAAAGUACGUCGUUAUUUGUGGUCGAUAGUAACGUUAGCAGCUAGUGUUGGUUGCAUGAUUGGCAGUAUCCAAUUAUUGCAGUAUGUUUUAUCCUUUCCAACGAAUAUUGAUAUCGAAAUUAUACACCAAGAUAGCUUAAUAUUCCCAGCAGUAACCAUCUGCAACUUUAAUCAGCUUACCAAAACAGCAUUAUCGGAAGAAGAUAAUCGACACUUGCAGACAUUUCUUAGAAUCUAUCAUCGAAAAGGAGCUAUCAACAAGAAAGACCUGGAAUUAGCAACAAGCUAUUUCCGUAAUAAAACAGGAGUUGAUUUCCAUUUACAAAAUUUAACGCAAGAUUUAGGCCAUCGUAAAAAUGAUAUAAUUGUCUCUUGUUUAUGGGAUGAUCAAGUUUGUGGUCCAGAAAAUUUUACAACCAUUUUUACCAUUUACGGCAAUUGUUAUACCUUUAAUUCAGGUGCGAAAAAAGAAGGUAUGUUAUCUCAGCGUGGGAAAGGCUCUGCACACGGACUACGUUUAGUUUUGAAUAUUGAACAAUAUAAAUACUCUGGAAAAUUAUCGUAUGGUUCACCAGAUGCAGGAAUACGAUUUGCCGUCCAUUCUACAGCUGAUUUACCUGAAAUGGAUGCUGAAGGAAUGUCCAUACCACCUGGUAUGCAUGCCUAUGCCAGCAUACCUGGAGCUGAUGUUAUUGAAGGCCUACCAAAACCAUGGGGUCAAUGUGGUUCACAAAAGCUCAAGUAUUUCGAUCAUUAUUCGGUGUCAUCAUGCAGGAGAGAAAAAGAAAUUGAUUUCAUAUUGCAAAGAUGCGGAUGCGUUGAGCCACACCAUGCUAGUAGCUCUAAUCCAGUUAGUGUCGGUAUCAAUACAAAUGUAUGUCCUGUAGCUUGCGUGCAAACAGAAUACAACGUCGAAGUGUCGUAUGCGUUAAUCCCUUCCCAAGUUGUGGUUAACGACAUUAGCGAUCAAUACAAUGUGACUAAAAUAAUUGAAAAUGCAAGAAAUCAACGCCUAAAUCUGACAAUGUCCAAAUUGGAAUUCAUACGCGAAAAUUUUGCUUUCCUUGAUGUCUAUUAUAAGGACUUAUACCUAUUUAAGACAAUCCAAAAACAGGCUAGCGGAUUUGUGGCAUUUCUAAGUGAUAUUGGUGGUCAAUUAGGACUUUUUGUUGGCGGUAGUUUCCUUACCAUGUUCGAAUUUUUUGAAUACAUCUAUGAUAAAUGCUUUCAACAAACGAAAAGAAGCAAACGUGAAAUUAGCCGACGAAUGCAAAGUAUACGAGAAAAAAGGCGCCCCGAAUCAAUGGCUUCAUCAACAUCUGUUCGUGGUAAUUUAUCCACUAAUGUCCAUAAUUUUAAAGUCAAUGAAAGCAUUUCAUCACAUAAUGUAAGAUCAAACGGAAUAAAGUCUAAGUUUAGAAGGUCUAACAGUGAACAUCUCGCAAAUAUUCGAAUUAGUCCAUCCAGUAUUGACUAG